CUUCCCUUACUUCUCUUUGUCUUUUCUGUUCUUCCCCUUGCUUUCCUAUAUAUCUCUCACUGUUUCUCUCUUUUUCUGCGGUUUUAUGAGGUUUGUGGUCGUUGUUUGCGAUCACGACGUUAUUCACUUGAGCUGUACAGCUACAGCGUCAUAGACACAGCUUCAUAUACACAUAGGCGCCGAGCUGAGAGCGAACCCCGCACUCCGUAAGCAGCUGGCAGGAGGAGAGAGGCCACGAUGGCUGCUCAUCCGGGCGAAGAAGUCACUGCGACACUCUUCGCCGACGUCCACUACUUCUACGGCCCGCCCACUGCAAAGCCGCCUCACCACCGCUUCGACAAAGGCUCCUACCUCUACCUCUACGAGAAUGCCUCCCAGCGACGCGCACGUAUCGAGGUCGCCAAUUCAGCAGGGACACCAGACCAAGACGCCUUCGAGGGCCUCCUCGACAACGUCCUCAUAACCUACGACCACAAGCACCCCACCCUCCUCACCAUCACUAUCGACGCCUUCCCCCCCCUCCCCCCCCCCUCCCCCACCGACUUCCGCCUCCCCACCUACGACCCGCGAAAUGAGAACAAAUACCUCUACCGCCUCCACACAAUCGACAUCUACCUCUACACCCCCGCCGACGCCACCCUCCUCCUCACCACCCUCCAGCGCCUCCUCCCCUCUAACCACCUCGCCAUCGCCGGCGCUGUCCUCCCCCCACCACCCCACGCCCAAGCCAUGAGCCCUAUAGUCCAACAGCUUGAGAACAUCGCGAUCCAGGAACACUCCCCCCCCUUCGCUGGUCCACCCACCACCGCACCACCCGCCUCCACCUCCCCGCAGGCAGCGCAGUCCUUCGCGCCACUAGCGUAUAACCCCGCUGCCCCCGCUGCGCCCGAGGCAAUCGCUCACCGCGAGAAAACACCCCCGCCACCAGAUGCAGGGACUAACCCCCUCCAUGCCGCGACGCACGAUCACCAGCAGCAGCAGCAAUACCAACCCACGCCACCCCCGGGCGGGGCAGUUUACUUCCCCGGCCCCCCCAGCGCAUCCGGCGGGCAAUACGCACCUACCACCUCCCCCCCCUCAGCUCCCCACCCCGGCAGCGCGCCAGCAGCUGCCCAGCCAGCCACAGCGGCGUCAGGGCUAGCGUAUGCGAAUUACUCGUAUGCGCAGGGCGGGCAGCCGGCGCAGGGACAGGCGGAGUAUGGUGUGCAUCAGCAGGUGUAUAGGCCGACGGAGGGGGAGGCGAUGGGGAAGGUGAAGCCGGUGGAGGGGGAGAAGAGUAAGUUGGGGCAGAAUGCGGUGAGGUUGGAGAAGGGGGUUACGGGGUUCUUGAAGAAGUUUGAGAAGAAGUAUGGGUAA